UGGAGAGUGGAAGAAAGACCAGCUCGCUUUACAGAGUGCGACUAACACACGCACAUGCACUCACAUGCUCUCUCACACAUCAUCCCUCCUGUCACUAUAACAAGAGGACUGCAAGCUCACGACGGUAAGAGCUCAAAAAGAGCAAUCCAACAUCGGGAAGAGGGACGAUCCGGCUGGGAUCUGGGAAUCCGAUGCUGCAGCCAGGAGCAUCUGCAGGCUUAAUUGGGCGAUUCAAUCCACACGCUGAAGCUGAGAGGAACAGACGAAAAACUGAGGACAGGACUUGCUGAUGUGGACCAAACGCCUGUCAAGUUCCAGCCCUGGGUGUGAGGUGCAGUGAUUGGGCCCCUCUAAGGUAGGGAAGGGGCAUGGCGGGUUGUCCACACCUGAGUUUAUCAGGGCUGCUUGUGCUCCUAAUCACUGCAUCCAUAACACAUGGCCAGAGCUGCCCACAGCGCUGUGACUGUAUCCCUCACCAGAGAGCGGUGAUGUGCCAGAACAAGCGCCUGGGAUCUAUUCCUGGGGGCAUCCCGGCUGACACACGGCUGCUGGAUUUGAGCUGCAACAGUUUGCGCUGGGUGGAGUACAAUGACUUGUCAACACUCUUGAGACUUGAGGAGCUAGACCUGAGCGAGAAUCUCAUCAGUGUUUUGGAGCCUAACGCCUUCUCCAGCUUGCUUAACCUUAGAGUAUUGCGUCUUAGAGCCAACCAGCUUAAACUCGUGCCCAUGGGUGCCUUUUCACGUCUCACCAACCUCACAACUCUGGACUUAAGUGGGAAUAAACUAGUAAUCCUGUUAGACUUCACCUUCCAGGACUUGAGGAACCUCCGCAAUUUGGAGGUUGGUGAUAAUGACCUGGUGUACAUUUCAAACAAAGCUUUCCUGGGAUUGGUGGGACUGCGGGAGUUAACAAUUGAGAGAUGUAAUCUGACUUCCAUAAGUGGACAGUCUCUUUCCUACCUUCGCGGCUUGUUGACACUUCGAUUACGCUACCUCAGUAUUGCUUCGUUAGAGGAGCAGAACUUUCGCAAAUUGGGUGGACUACGGGGUCUUGAGAUUGACCACUGGCCAUUCCUUGAGUACAUCUCUCCGCACAGCUUCCAAGGUCUCAACCUUUCCUGGCUUUCGAUUACCAACACCAACAUUUCCACUGUGCCUACCGGUGCUCUUCGCAACCUAAUUCACUUGGCUAGCCUCAAUCUGUCCUACAAUCCCAUCUCGGUUCUUGAGUCCUGGGCCUUGCGGGACCUUGUCCGAUUGAAAGAACUGCAUCUAGUAGGUACAAAUCUGAUCUCAGUGCAACCCUACGGUCUCGGAGGUCUGCAACAGAUACGAUUGCUCAACUUAUCAAACAAUGGGUUAGUGACCCUGGAGGAAGGAUCCUUCCACUCCGUCAACACACUGGAGACGCUGCGUGUAGAUGGCAACCCUUUGUCCUGUGAUUGUCGCCUACUGUGGAUCCUGCAGCGCAGGAAGACUCUCAAUUUUGAUGGAAAGUCACCCGUUUGCACUGUACCUGUAGAAGUGCGAGGAAAAUCACUCAGUACAUUCACAGACUCUGCACUCUUUGACCAUUUCACCUGCCAGAGGCCCAAAAUCCGCAAUCGCAAGCUUCAACAGCUGACGGCACGUGAAGGCCAGGUGGUGUCAUUUGUAUGUAAAGCUGAAGGAGACCCAACUCCGGUCAUCUUUUGGAUUUCACCUCAGCGAAGACGUAUCACCACGAAGAGUACUGGGAGAGUUAUUGUCCUUCCUGAAGGUACUCUGGAGAUUCGUUAUGCCCAGGUAACAGACACUGGGACCUAUAUAUGCAUAGCAAGCAAUGCUGGUGGCAAUGAUACCUACUUCGCCACCCUAACAGUCAGUGGAUUGCCACUAGAUAGUGCUCUGUCAGCUAAUCGCACAUACUACGUAGGUGAUCUCAACGACACAAACUUAAACGACACGCGUGUCUUCCUGAAGUUCACACUGGAUCUCAAGACCAUACUUGUGUCCACAGCAAUGGGAUGUAUUAUGUUUUUGGGGGUAGUUCUUUUCUGUUUCAUUCUCCUGUUUGUGUGGAGCCGUGGACGAGGUCAGCACAAGAACAAUUUCUCAGUAGAGUAUUCAUUCAGAAAGGUAGACGGCCCUGCUGCCAGCGGGGGUCAAGGAGGGGCACGGAAAUUUAACAUGAAGAUGAUAUAAAAUAUACACACCCGAUGUCCAAAGGGGUAAAAAGCACAGCAUUGUCAUUUCUAACUGAAACACAUUUUGAUACCAGUCCUACAUACAUCUAGGGCUUAUGUUUAAAUGGAAGCAAUUAGUUAGGUAGUUACUGAGAGGUCGUUUACAUCAGCAGUUAUUUAUAAUCUAACCUUUAUUUUGGUCUCUUAGGAUAUUUUACACAAUUAUUAAGACAUUUAUGAUGAAUUACAGUACAUACUUUCAUGUAGGGCUGGCUGUCACUAGAUACCCGUUGUGAACUUUGUGAGAAGGCCAAGCUUGUAAUGACUCAUAAUGACCAUUAAUGUAAUUUUCUACAAAAUAUGUCUAUAUAAAUAGAAGUAAGCUCUUAAUAUUUUGGCACUCAUUCUGUGAUUUAGAUUUGUAAUUAUUAAAUGGGUGCUUUCUGCUUGCCAAGAAAUUGCCAAUGCCCUAAAAAGAUGGAAAAAAGCAUACACUGCAUUUUGCCUAGGCAAAUUAUUAUACUCGUUAGUAGGCAAAACACUUCACACUGCCAAUUAAACAUGGAUUUAAACAUUGUACUUGCCCAAAAUCUCAACCUGUUAACCACUGGGUUACUUGAAGACUGUUUAAAAAUUAAGUAUGUCUUACUAAAAGAGUUAGCUGAUUUUAUUCGCUCUGGAUAUUAAGUGCUUCUAUAAUACACUGCCACCUACUUCUAAGUCAUGCCCACAUAAAAGUUAAUCACGCACACACACACAGAUUCAAAAGUACUGUAGUAACAACAUUUUUAAAAAAAGCACAUCGUCUUUAUGAGGCAUUACAUAUUUAUCAGCUAAACACCAAUAGCCUCAGUAUCAAGGCAUGAGGUGUAGAACUUUUGUAUCUUAUUGUAUAUACUACAUAUGGGUGUUUUGUGUGUACAUUUUGGUGCCCAGUUUAUAUGUCAACUAAAUUAACGUGAAAUACUUUUAUUCAGUAUAAAAUGUUCUAAAGAUGUGUGAAAACUCUUAAAGAGUUUUUUUCAGAGCAUUUUAUAACUCGCGAUCAUAUAUGUGUGUCUUUAUGCCUCUUUUAUGUAAUUUGUGUAAAAGGGAAAGUCAGUCUUAUGACUUAUUUCAUGUCAGUUUGCAUGUUGUAAACAAAAUACGAAGCUAGUUUCUUGUGCUCAAGCCACCAAAUCCAUCAUGCAGUUCUAAUACUUGUAGUCUGUUUAUAAAUAAUAUUUUAUGAGGUGUUAGACACUAAAUGACCCCUGCUCGAGUGCUGCCGCUUAAAAUGAAACAGGAAGGUACUUGAACAAAGCCGUUUUGCUGCCCCCUAUUGUUAACAUACGACAGUUCAGCAAACACAGGAUAUGGAUCUUGAUCAUUUUGCCUUUUAUUGGUUAAUCCUAAUCUAACAAAAAGCUUAAAUUAGUUCAGCUUUUCUAUUUGAACAGAUCAGAUGUGCCCUGCACUGUCUUAUUUUAAGCAGCAUUUUAUGUACAUUGCGAACUGCCAUAAUUUGUCAACAACUGUAAAACGAUUUAAGAAGCUUUUUGAUAUUUUUUGUAACAAAAAAUAAGUGAUUUUACAGUUUUAUUUAAAGUAAACUUAAAUAAAAUGGGGAUCAACUUAUGUUGUAGAUCAGUGUUUCUCAACCACGUUCCUGGAGGACCACCAGCUCUGCACAUUUACCCGUGUGUCCUUAACCAAACACACCUGAUUCAGAUCAUCAGCUCAUUAGCAGAGACUGAAAGACCUGUAAUGGGUGUGAAAGACAAAGGAGACAUCCAAAACAUGCAGUGCUGGUGGUCUUCCAAGAGCGUGGUCGAGAAACACUGUUGUAGAUGAUUCUAUUUAUAAAAAUGUAAAAAAUAAGACAAAAAAGAUGCUGUUUAUAAAGGCAUGCAUUUAGAUCCUUGUGUUGGAUUUUUUUUCUUGUUUGAUUCCUUGGGUUUAUCUUAAAAUCCGCUAUAAAUUAAUGUUUUUGACUGAUGUAUGUACUCUGUGUAUAGACUUUCCAUAAAGUUAUACUUUAUAUUUCAUUUUUGCAAAUACCAAGAUGUUCAAAAUAAACA